UUCUCUGAGAAUCUCCCUAACAGAACUCGAAUCAAAGGAAACAAUUUUUAGUUAGGAAGAAGCCGUCUCUACGGAUCGUCGACUGCAGAGAGACCAGAGGCCAUGAAGAAGAACGAUUCUGAUAGCGGUAGUAAUAAUAGCAGAAGGUGGAAGCGGAUGGAGCUCGGCUUGCUCAUCCUCUACGCGAUUGCCUUCUAUUCCAUCAUCAUUCGUCGAUCCCUCCAUCUCUCUCGCGAUCUUUACUCCCAACUCCACGGUUUACGCCCCGGAUGGCUCACAAUAUUUACUCAACGUCCCAAUGAUAGCUCGGAUGCUCAAUGGAGGAACUUUCGUGGAAAUUUACCCGUUCUUACCGUUGUUUUUGGGAUAUUUACUUUGGUGGCCAAUAAGUCGAGGGCUUAUUUUGGUUUAAGAGAGAGGGGGAUGUCCAUUGUUUGGCUUUUUAUUUCUUUGAUAUACCUCUCAUAUCUGCACGGGGCAUGCAUCCUAUUCAUCCUAUCGAUCGCUUCAUUUAAUUAUCUUCUAGUAAAGAUAUUUGCAGGAAAGAAGUACUUCUUGCUUGUAAUAUGGAGUUUCAAUAUCUUUUUUCUUCUAUGCAAUCGUGUUUAUGGAGGGUAUUCGUUCUCCAUGAUAGGGAAACAGUGGGCUUUUUUGGACAACUUCCGGGGUACCUUUAGAUGGCAUAUAUGCUUUAACUUUGUUGUUUUGCGGAUGAUAAGCUUUGGAUAUGAUUACCAUUGGGCAGAUAAAUAUUCUCAUUUUGAUCAGAAGAAGCAUAUUCAACGUUGCGAUAUUUGCAAGUCAGGAAAAACUUGCUACCAAACUUUGCAGGAGAGAGGUGUUCAGAAUGGCAAGUAUACAUACAGCACAUACAUUUGUUACUUGGUAUAUGCUCCCCUCUACCUUGCUGGGCCAAUUAUAAACUUCAAUGCAUUUGCUUCACAGCUAGAUGUGCCUCAGAAUAAUUAUUCAGCCAGAGAUAAAACUCAUUAUGGUUUACGUUGGAUAUUUAGUCUUGUCCUAAUGGAGCUAAUGACACAUCUAUUUCAUUAUAAUGCCUUUGCAAUAAGUGGCUUGUGGAAACAGCUAGCUCCUAUGGACGUAUUCAUUAUCGGAUAUGGGGUCUUAAACUUCAUGUGGCUAAAGUUUUUUCUCAUCUGGCGCUAUUUUCGAUUUUGGUCACUGAUAAGUGGCAUUGAAGCCCCAGAGAAUAUGCCAAGGUGCAUUAAUAAUUGCCGCAACUUGGAAAGCUUUUGGAAAAACUGGCAUGCUUCCUACAACAAAUGGCUUGUGAGGUAUAUGUACAUUCCUCUAGGGGGAUCUCAGAAGAAGCUACUUAACGUAUGGGUUAUAUUCACAUUUGUUGCCAUAUGGCAUGAUUUAGAGUGGAAGCUUCUUUCAUGGGCAUGGUUGACAUGCUUGUUCUUUGUUCCAGAAAUGAUGCUAAAAUCAGCAGCAACUACAUUUCAGGUUGACAGUGCUUUUGGGGAGUUUGUUUUUCGAGAACUUAGAGCCCUUGCCGGUGCUAUCACCAUUACUUGUCUCAUGGUGGCAAACCUUGUUGGUUAUGUUAUUGGACCAUCGGGCAUGAAUUGGUUGGUAUCACAAUUCCUCCAAGAAGGACUCUCUGUUCUGGGUUGCAUGUUUUUGACAUUUUAUGUUGGGACAAAGCUUAUGUUUCACAUUGAUGAUUCCAAGCCGACAAGGCACUAAAGCAAGUGGCCUGUGAAGCUUCACUAGAUAUCCCAGUGCUGAAUGUUGACGUGGCCGAAAUUAGCAUGUGAAAUUGUGGGCAUGACUCGGACAUGAACUAUUAUUAUUAGUGGUAAGGGUAUUAAUUAUUCAUGUUGAUGACCUCCAGUUAUUUCGGAGAUUUUCUCUGUACAAUCAAGCAGUCUGGUUGAGAGCAAGAAUUAAGUUAGUGUUGUACAUUCUCUUGUAUCGUUUUUUUUUUUUUUUUUUUUGAGUCAAUUUUGGCGGGAUGGAUUGGAUUA